AUGAGAGUGGCAGUGGGCAUGCUGUGGCUCCUGGCCCUUGGGGGGCACCCUCAAGCCUGGGGCUCCUGCCCCUCUCAGUGCAGCUGCAGCCUCCACAUCCUGGGUGAUGGCAGCAAGGCCAGGACAGUGGUGUGCAACGAUCCUGACAUGACCCUGCCCCCAGCGUCUGUCCCUCCGGACACUUCCAGACUGCGCCUGGAGCGGACGGCCAUUCGCAGGGUGCCCGGCGAGGCCUUCAGGCCGCUGGGCCGCCUGGAGCAGCUGUGGCUGCCGUACAACGCCCUCAGCGAGCUCAGCGCCCGCACCCUAAGGGGCCUGCGCCGCCUGCGCGAGCUGCGCCUGCCGGGAAACCGCCUGGCCGCCUUCCCCUGGGCGGCGCUUUCGGACGCCCCCCAGCUGCGGCUGCUGGAUCUGCAGGCCAACCGCCUCUCCGCUGUGCCGCCCGAGGCCUCGCGCUUCCUGGGGAACCUCACCUUCCUGGACCUCUCCAGCAACCAGCUGAUGAGGCUCCCGCAGGUGCUGCUGGCCGCCUGGGCUCACCUGCAGACCGGGCCCUUCCUUCCGGGCCAUCGCGCCCGGCUGGUCCUAGGACUGCAGGACAACCCCUGGGAAUGUGACUGCCGACUCUACAACCUGGUCCAUUUCCUGGAAGGCUGGGCACCAAACCUGGCCUUCAUAGAGACCAGGCUAAAGUGCGCAAACCCACGCAGCCUGGCUGGAGUGGCCUUCAGCCAGCUGGAACUGAGGAAGUGCCGGAGUCCAGAGCUCCGUCCUGGGGUAGACAGCAUCAGGUCCCCUUUGGGCAGCAUGGUAUUGCUACGUUGUGGGGCCACUGGGGUCCCUGGGCCUGAGAUGAGCUGGAGGAGGACCAAUGGGCACCCAUUCAAUGGCACAGUGCACCAAGAAAUCUCCAGUGACGGCACGAGCUGGACUGUGCUGGGCCUGCCUGCCGUGUCCCUCUUCGACUCUGGGGAUUACAUCUGCCAGGCCAAGAACUUCCUGGGAGCCUCUGAGACUCUCAUCUCCCUGGUCGUCACUGAGCCCCAGACGUCCACAGAAGGCAGUGGGAGCCCAGGAGCACUGUGGGCAAGCCCAGGUGAGGGGGCCAGAGCUGCUGCGUACAAGGUGGUGGCCAGGCACAUCCCCCACAUCCCUGCGCCUGCUGUCCUGGUCACUGGGCCCUCCGCGCCUGACACGGAGGAGGAGCUCACCCUCCAGCACUUCCAGAUGGCUGCCCCAGGAGAACGCUCGGAGGGGCAGGCAGGGCCCCAAGAGGCCAGAAUGGUGAGGUCCCUCAAGGUGGUGGGGGACACUUACCAGAGUGUGACCUUGGUGUGGAAGGCCCCGCAGGCUGGGAACGCAGCGGCCUUCAGUGUCCUCUAUGCGGUCUUUGGGGAGCGUGACAUGCGGCGAGUGGUCGUGCAGCCUGGGAAGACUAGCAUCACCAUCCAUGAACUGGCACCCAAGACCAAGUACGUGGCAUGCGUCUGCAUGAGGGACUUGCUGCCCCAGAAGGAGCAGUGUGUCAUCUUCUCCACCGAUGAGUUGGUGGACGCCGAGGCCACUCAGCAGCUCAUCAACAUUGUGGUGAUCACUGUGGCCGCCGUCAUCACCCUGCCCCUUACCCUGUCCGUCUGUUGUGGUGGUCUCCAGAGGCGCUGUUGCAAGUGCCGCACUGGGGGCUCCACUGAAGCCAUGGGUGCCUUUGUCAACCUGGAGAGGCUGGGCCACAGUGAGGAUGGCUCUGAGGAGCUGUCCCAGCACAGCCUCAGUGAGGCCAGCAGGCUCCUCUCAGCCCGUUCCAGCCUGGACUCUCAGGCCUUGGGGACCAAAGCAGGCAGAUGGAGCAAUGAGUACUUCUGCUGAGGGGUGUGUUCC